AUGGCGAUGACGCCCCUACAGCCGUGGGGAGAAGAAGCUGAAGACGGAGCCAUCUACAGCAUCGCCCUUGAGCGAGUGAAGGCAGAGCCUGGAGCAUCUUCCUUGGUAGGUUCUAAGGAGCAUCCAGAAACGUCAGAAUGUCCGUUCGUCCAGUACCGGACUUGCAAGAGACGCACAUUGCGAGCUGCCACACUUCCCCAGCUAGUGAAAUGGCUGCUGGCAGCCAACAAGGAGGGUGACCUCAACUACACAUCUAGCUUCCUGGCUACCUAUCGAGCUUUUGCUACUCUCGCGCAGGUGUUGGAGUUGCUGCUGCCUCUGGGACCAGACAAGUGCAGGGCAAUCCUCCACCUAUUGGAGCAGUGGCUUCAGCAUCACCCUGAGGAUUUCUGGGAACCUCCAGAGUACCCUAAUCUGCACAUAAUAUUGUGUUUCCUUCAUCAAUCUGCUCCUAACUCCCCAGCGUGUGCUUUGGCAAAGGGAUUGUUACAAGCCUACAAAGCAAAGGAGGCAGAUGGAGGCAACUCCCCAGAGAUGAGACCGUCACAGGUGAUCACAGAGGCAGCUGGGACAGGUGACUGUGUGGAGAUACCAGCAUUGAUAUCCUUCUCUGUGGAUGAAGUGGCCGAACAGCUGACUCUGAUGGAUGCCCACCUGUUUAAAGCAGUGCUGCCUUUCCACUGUCUUGGCUGCGUUUGGUCCCAACGAGACAAGAAGGAGAAUCAGCACAUGGCUCCCAGUGUCCGUGCUACUGUGACCCAGUUUAAUGCAGUCACCAGCUGUGUGAUCACAUCUGUGCUGGGAGAUCUGGCCAUGCACAUUCCCCAGCGUGCGCACCUGCUGGAGAAGUGGAUCCAAAUUGCUGGACAAUGCCGGGCCUUAAGGAAUUUCUCCUCACUGUACGCCAUCCUCUCUGCUCUCCAGUCCAACUCUAUUUACCGGUUGAAGCGCACCUGGGCUGCAGUCAACAGAGACACCAGGAGCACCUUUCGAAAGCUCUCACGGAUCUUCUCCGAAGACCACAAUCACUUGAACUGCCGGGAAAUCUUGCUGCAGGUGGGGGAAAUAUCUCCCGAGAAGAAGGAGAAAAAAGAAUGUGGUGCCCGUGGGACCCCUACCAUCCCAUACCUGGGCAUCUUUUUAACUGAUCUGAUCAUGUUGGAUACAGCACUGCCAGAUUUUGUGGAGGGCCAGCUCAUUAACUUUGAGAAGAGGCGCAAGGAAGCAGCCAUCCUCUCCUGCAUCCGUCAUCUGCAACAGUCCUGCCAGGGAUAUAACCUCCGCCUGAAUCCAUCCUUCCACUUGGCCUUCCAUCAUCAGCGCCAGCUCACUGAAGACCAGAGCUACUACAUUUCUUGUAUGAUAGAGCCACCAGCCGACUCCUGUCCCAACUCACCAAAGCUGCAUCACGGCCUGACCAAACGCUUCAGCUCACUCCUCUUGAGCUCAGAACCAUCUGCAACUCCUUCUGGGCCUGAAAAGACUGGAAUUAUGCCAUUGGGUUCCUCUAGUAGCCUUAACUCUGAAGAUGGAUCCAGUGUCCCUUGCUCCCCAACAGGGGUCUCCCCUGGCCUCAAGGAUCCACCUGUAACUCAGUGGAAAACCUGCCCUGUGCCACCUUCCAUCUCUAAACAGGGAGGAGGAACAGAAUGUCGCAUUGUCCGGGUCCAUAUGAACAAUAUCGGUGGAAAUGGAAACCUUUAUCGCAGCAUUCUUAUCACUAGCCAGGAUAAAACCACAGCUGUGAUACAGCGGGCGUUGCAGAAGCACAAACUGGAAGAGGACUCACCAAGCAACUACCAACUUCUCCAACUUCUGGGGGAUGGCCAAGAGCUGCUGAUUCCCGAAAGUGCAAAUGUUUUCUAUGCCAUGAAUCCUGCUGGACCCCAUGACUUCUUCCUGCUCCAGAAAAAGGGACUCACCAGUGAACCACACUUGAGGAUGAAGCCUGGGAGCAAAGCUGCUCUUUGCCGCAUUCCCUCCCUCAAAGACUUUGACACCGGUGCCCUUGCUGCCAGUUCAUGCUUCAUAUUUUCACAUAGUGCACCAAAUAGCCCAGUUUCCCUUUCUCCACCAUCCGCUGCUGAGGAUCCACACUUUAGAACAUGCCUUUCAACAUACCCUUUUCCAGCUCCUUCCCCUUGGUUCCUGGAAAAUCAGUCAGCAAUAGCCACACCUGAUUCUCCUCCUCCCUGUCUGUCUCUUCCUCAACAUCCACUUCCCUUGGAAACCAGGAGCCCAGCUCCCCCUCGUGUUGUACAGAAAUUGCUGGCACCUCCUUCUGUGCCACAAUCCCUUUCUGAUGCCUCCAAGAGGACAUCAUUUUGUUCAAAGUCCCCAACUUCCCCUCUAGAAAUCCAGAGUAAUCAAGAGUUGGACAGCGUAGGAACAGACCCUCAAAGCCAGAGAGAGCUUGUCUGAUUAUAAUCCUUCUGUAACCCAUGCAAGAGGCUAAG